AUGAUAACCUGGGAGCAGGGGUGGACUGACAAUUCAUGGGGCCCCUGGGCAAUAGGGGAUCAUGGGGCCCUUGUGUCCUUACCCACACUUAAAAAAAGCCUAUGAAAAAGCCAAUGAAGGGUACCAGGGGCAUCUCAUGGGGCCUCCUACUGACUCCGGGCCCUCGGGCAGUGCCUGAGUUUCCAAAUGGUCAGUCCGCCCCUGGUCACAACUUACACACAGCCUGCCAAGGAAUGCUCGAGACACAGAAACGUUGGGAGAAUAAGACAAAGGCCUUCUGUUGUUUGGACUAUCAUUCUGCUGGACUAACUGGACCCAGACUAGGUUGCUGU